CGUAUUCUGCAAUUAAAAAUUUUAUUUUAUGUAAAUAUAUAGUCACAAAAUUGGACCUCCUUACAAUCAAAGUCAACACACUGGUGAGCUAAGAGUUGCUGUAGUGAGAUUAUGUGGAAAGCGUUGAAGCUAUAUUGCCUGAAAAGCAGAAGCUCCAGGUGCACUGGACACGAUGGCUACCUUCCUAGGUUUCAAAAAUAGUGCUUGAUUUCCGUGAAGAAUUUCAAAGUGAGCUAUAGCCUGUGAGAGAAAAUUCUAGAGAUGUUUUGCUCCAUAUAAGAACGUCCUUUGAAGAAAAAAUUCUCUCCCAAAUGGCAAAUCAGUCAAAUGAACAAAACACUUACGAUGCGUGUGUUCAAAGCAUGAUGGCAUCGAAGAUCAUUUCCAACUCUGAAAUGUUUUUUUAAUUCUGUGUUUAUAUUUAAUGUAGAUUAAGCAGAAAGAAGAGCCAAGCCCUCUCUCUCUUUCACACACACACACACACACACACACACACACACACAGAGAGAGAGAGAGAGAGAGAGAGAGAGAGAGAGAGAGAGAGAGAAGACAGGCAAACAGACAGACACAGAGACAGAGAGGGACAGAGACAGAGAGGGACAGAGACAGAGAGGCAGAAAGACAGACACACAGAGACAGACACAGACACACAGAGGCAGAAAGAGACAGAGAAAAAUCAGAAACAGACAGACAGACACACGGGCAGAAGACAAAAACACACACAGAGAUACGCAAAGGGGGGGAAGAGAGAGGGGGGAAUGAACAGGCAGAAAGACACACAGAGACAGAGUCAGAGACAGCAGAGACAGGCACACACACACACAUACAGAGAGAGAGAGAGAGAGAGAGAGAGAGAGAGAGAGAGAGAGGAUGACUACUUUGUGACUACUUUGUGUUAUUACUUCAAUGCAGUUUUAAUACUGUUAUUAAGAACCAACAAAGUGGAUUCUAGAUGCAAGAAAAGGCCCAAGUAUGCAACAGUGGGAAAGGCGAUAUGACAUGGGACUUAUUUCUAUCUGCCAUUCUCUCUGCUUUGAAGUUGGUCUCCACUGUCUUUCAGUUUCCACCGUCUCCGAACUCUAACCAUUUUGGGUCAUUGAUGUACUCUUGCCACGAGAUUCAGUCCUGUCCCUGUCUGUGCCACCAUAAGCUACAGGCUUCCUUGUUCUUGAGUUGCUUAAUUUUGAAGAAUCUUCAGAAUGGUUCAUCUGGUUAAGAGGUAAAUCCUCCCUGCAUCCAGUUUCGCUUCCGACAUGCCUCUUCCCCUUUUACCCUGUAUAAAUACUAGCCUCCCAUUUCCUAGGGACCCAGUCGCUUACUUAGUAGGAAUCCUUGAAGUCCUCUCUCCCAGGUCUGGUGGCAGUGAGUCUUGCCUGACAAAACUGCGAAACUGGCUCAGGGCACCUUCAGUGGUGUGGGCAGGGCUCACCCAGAGCCCCAGCCAGAGGGCGCCAGCACCCACCAUGCAUAGUCGCUCUUAAGCACUCAAGAGUGGCUUCCAGACAGUUCCUUAGUUAGCCAGAGGUCGACCUGUGGGAGAAAACAAUCUCCCAGUCCUACGGACCAGUUUCUUCGCUGCCCUUUUAUUUUUUAGUAUCCUUGUAUGCAGAUGCUUAACUCCAAGAGCAAUCUCACCCCUCUUUAACGCCCCCCUCAAAAAAAAAAAGCCCUCACGGGGGGGGGGGAGGAUGGGGGAGAUGACCCUGGAGCCUCUUCUUUGGAAAAGGCAUUGCCUUUGGGGACAGGCUUCUGUGUCAGGUUCCCGCAAAGGGUCCAGCCCGCCAGCGAUUGCAAACGAGGGGUGUGCAGUUGAGCGCCGGGUGGAAGCCCAAGAGGUGGAGGGAUGAGGGGAGACGCCUACUUCAUUGGAAUGAGGAGCCUAGGGCAGCAGGCAUCGGUCCCUGAAGAUGGGGGACUUUUCUUCCUCUGCUGCAUAGACAGAGACUGGGCUGUCACUCAGUGUUUUGCUGAAGAGGCCUUCCAAGCACUCACCGACUUCAAUGAUCUCCCCAACUCAUUGUUUGCCUGCAAUGUUCACCAGUCCGUGUUUGAAGAAGAAGAGAGCAAGGAAAAAUUUGAGGGACUGUUCCGGACCUAUGACGAAUGUGUGACGUUUCAGCUGUUUAAGAGUUUCCGACGGGUUCGAAUAAAUUUCAGCCACCCCAAAGCUGCAGCCCGUGCCCGGAUAGAGCUUCAUGAGACCCAGUUCAGAGGGAAGAAGCUGAAACUCUACUUUGCACAGGUCCAGACCCCAGAGACAGAUGGAGACAAACUGCAUUUGGCACCCCCACAGCCUGCCAAACAGUUCCUCAUCUCACCCCCUUCAUCUCCUCCCGUUGGCUGGAAGCCUAUCAGCGAUGCCACACCAGUCCUCAACUACGACCUCCUUUAUGCCGUGGCCAAACUAGGACCAGGAGAGAAAUAUGAGCUGCAUGCGGGAACUGAGUCUACACCGAGCGUUGUCGUGCACGUGUGUGACAGCGACUUGGAGGAGGAGGAGGAUCCAAAGACUUCCCCAAAGCCAAAAAUCAUCCAGACCCGGCGUCCUGGCCUGCCACCCUCCGUGUCCAACUGAGCACGUCCAUGAUAACAUGCAUCUCCUCUUAUCAUGCUUUUUCUCCCUUGUUCGUCCAAAAAUUAAUUGCCUUGAAGUCCCUGGGUGUUUGGUUGUUUGAGAAUCCUUCCUUGUAAUUAAGCCUCUCGGACAAAAGGGCUAGGAAAAGGUGAUAUGUCUCCCAGUCAACUCAUACCCAUUAACCAGAGUCCAUUAUUUAGAAAGUUCUAGACAAAGGGUAGUAUUUUCUUAUUAAACAAUCAGUACAGCCUAUAUCUCUGUUCUCUCAUGUUGAUCCAAGCCAGAGACAUCAGUAACCAAUAGCCUUCAUGUUGUUUGUGAGCUGCUCCAAUUGAGUCCUCUGUGUGUGUGUGUGUGUGUGUGUGUGUGUGUGUGUGUGUGUGUAUGUGUGUGUGUGUGUUGUUUAUUCCUGGCCACUUAUAUAGGACCAUAAGUAAACUUGGCUUUGACUGCAUGAGAUCCCCCUAUCUGGUCUCACCCAGUCCUCUGCAUCCCGACAUUCCCAGGACAUGCACAAUCACCAGCAUUUAUUUUGAUGAUUUGAGGGUAUGCCCCACCUUGUGGUAUCCCAGCCCUGUCCUGUAUAGACAAGGGGCAUCCACGGCACCAUUUGGCUCAAUAAGUCUGGGAAUCAUGAUUAGUUUGAGUCAAUACAUCAUCGUAUAGCUUUGUCCAAAUUCCUGGAGGUAAAAUUGAGCGUGGCCCCAAAGAGAUUCCUCAGUAGAUUCUAAACAUCACUAUCACAUAGGACUACCCAGUGCUACUGGGGAGGCUUGCCCGAGUGACAGAGACCGAUUUCAGACAAACCUAUUUAUUAUAAAAGUCUCACAGUGUCUGAAUGAUUGUCGUCCCCCCCCACCUCUUUGUAUAUUUGUACAGAUGUUUGAGCUGUGCUUUUAAAAUCUGGAUUUUUUUUUUUUUGAUUUAGUGAUUGUUCAACCAUUAGCUGCUUAAUGACAUCAUACCUGUGUUGCUUCUGAAUGCAUCCUGAUUCUAAUGUAGAUAAUCCGAUACUAUCACACGCUAUUACGGUUCAUGCUAUGUUGUAAAAGGCUACAGCAAUGUCUCAUGCCAAUAGAUAAACGACUAGCUAAUUUCUUUGCUGUCAAGAUCACCUGUUUGCAAACAAAGAUCCAAGUAUCAGUUGUAAGCAACUUGGGUGGCGCUUAAUCCAAGAUCGUAUACAGCUGAGCAUUUCCGAACACAAAGGAUGAUGGGUAAACGGACGGCCCCUCCCAUUCAUCCAGUGCCCGUGUGCUCAAAAGUUCCUUGUUUUCGUUACCUGUGAUUUUGUAUUUCUCUAGCCCAAAGUGCAUUACAGAAGAUACACCUGCAGAACCAUACUUUCUGCUCCAUGUGUCAAGCCUCAUCUAUUCCUGUUCAUUAACUAGUAACUUUGGAUGCAAAUACUAUUUACCACACAACGGGCAAGGACUUCAAUGACCUAAGCCUCAGAAUACCACACAAGAACACUAACACAGCCACCUGAUGGGGGGAUUAUGUGGUUUUUUGACUAAGGUGUAUGUUAGUUUCAGCAGAAACUUCAAACCUAGACUGAUCACUCAGAAAAUUAAAGUCCGUUCUACUGUGAAAUAUAGCAAUAUAGUGCCGGACACGGUACAGUACGGUUGAGACCGAGGCCAGCAUUGCUUGUGGAAUCCUGAGUUUCCACGGGGAUAACAAGUCUCCUUUUCAAACUCAGAUCUGAGGAGUGUACAGCAAAGGCUUUGACUUUCCUUUGUUGUGGAAGGAUUUGGUUUUUUCAUUGGCCACGGAACGACUACAAAUAGUGGCGAGAUGCUGCCCUCUGGUGGCCGAAACGUUGAACUCGGUUGUAUAGGUGGAUUGAUUACAACAGUCAACUCCCAGGGUCUGACUUUCUAAUCCGCGUUAACUUUCAGGAUGCAGGUUCUGAGAAAGAGAGAAAAAUGAACAGUCUAAAUGAGAUUAAAGCCUUGGAAAUAAUUUGUGCUUCCAAACAAUGAUAGCAGAGAUUUCCAGUUUAGUAAAAGUUGAUGUGACUACCUUGGGUAGGCAUUAAGAACUCAGUGUUACAGAUGGCCCAGGUGAUUAGUCUUAGUAAACUGUAUUGCCAUAUGUCGAUGUUAACCUGCUGCAGAGCAAGGGAUUCUCGCACUAGGUUGAGCACGGAGAGGGGAGAAGGGGAGCUUUCCCCAGAAAGAAUAGGGAAGCCAUGGGACCUCCCAGCACCGAGAAAGUCGCCUCAACACUUCCUUCCAUGAUGCUCAUUAUGCAAACCUCUUUAGCGCUCUUUUUAAGUUUGAAACGUUUUAAAUGGAGGGGAAGGGGAAGGUUUCCACCAACUGAAUCAUUUGUGCACGUGUAAAGCUCAAAGAGCUUAGAGUUCAAAUAUAUCUGGUGAAUGAA